GAAAGAUACAAGGGGAGUAGUAGUGAGAUCAAAUUAUCAAUUCAUUAUGGUGUCGCUAAUUUGAUUCAACGAACUGUUGGUUCAUCUCUUCAUCAAAGUCCAAAGAUCACUGGAAGGAAGUGAAGAAGCAGGUUUAUAUAUGUAUAUGAGAGUAUAGGGGAGAUUCAGGAAGAUGGCAGGAGUCGGUGGAGGAAGUGAUAUUGGGAAGGCCCAUACAGCCAUGGCCUUGGUGCAGUUAUUUAAUGGAGGAUAUCAUGUCAUUACAAAGGUCGCUUUGAACGUGGGGAUGAAUCAGAUCGUCUUCUGCGUCUGCCGUGAUGUCCUCGCCCUCUCCAUCCUCGCCCCUGUCGCCUACCUCCGUGAAAAAAGGGUUCGACUGCCAUUAACUGGACGCCUUCUUAUGUCAUUUUUUUUCCUUGGUUUGACUGGGAUCUUCGGAAACCAGCUUUUAUUCAUUAUUGGUCUUAGCUACACAAAUCCCACUUAUGCUGCUGCUAUUCAGCCUUCAAUACCAGUUUUUACGUUCAUCUUGGCUGUAUUAAUGGGAACAGAAACAGUGAAUUUGCUGAGAAUUGAAGGUCAGGUGAAGGUUGGUGGCACCCUUGUCUGUGUUUCAGGUGCAGUACUGAUGGUUCUAUUUAGGGGUCCUGCUGUGUUUGGAUAUGGAGUGAUGGAUAUUUCAGGAUUAAGCGAGAUAAGUGCAAGGGCUCAACCAGAGCCUGCUGGGUGGUUGAUAUAUAAUUUGCUGGAGUUUGGGCUAGAACGGUGGCAUGUUGGUAUGUUAUGCUUAAUAGGGAAUUGUAUGUGCAUGGCAACUUAUCUAGCCAUACAGGCUCCAGUUUUGAUGAAGUAUCCAGCCAGUCUAUCGGUGACAGCGUUCUCAUAUGCAUUUGGUACUCUCUUUAUGGUAAUGACGGGAUUCUUAUCAAACAGUGAAUCUACGGACUGGAGCUUGACACAGUCUGAAUUAGUUGCAGUUUUAUAUGCUGGUGUUAUUGCAUCUGCUGUUAACUACGGCCUCUUGACUUGGUCCAAUAAGAUAUUGGGGCCUGCACUGGUGGCUCUGUAUAAUCCUCUUCAACCUGCUGCAUCUGCUUUCCUGUCAAGAGUUUUCCUUGGAAGUCCUAUUUAUCUGGGAAGCAUCUUAGGGGGUUUUCUCAUCAUUGCUGGUCUUUAUAUGGUCACUUGGGCAUCCUACAGAGAAAAACAACCUACUAAUGUAAUCAUCCCUCAAGUAAGUCGGGCCUCUGAACCCCUCGGUCACAAAGAACCACCACAUAACAAGAGCCCCUACCACAGGGGGCAUCUUUUCUCUGGGCCUUCCACUUCAUUACCAAAGCUCCUGGAUUGAGGAAACAAUGAUGGAUAUUUUUCAGCAGGGAAAUAGUCACUUGAAUAAUAUUUUUUUGUUAGUACACUUGAUUAGAAUAUAAAUAACAUUUCCCUAGUAAUUUUCAUUCUUCAAGUAUUUGAUUCUUACCAUUUUGUAGCAGUAUGUGUUGUCUUGGUUAUUUCUUAAUUCUGAUGCCAUUCCAUUUCCA